UUGUAUAGUGGUAAAUUGCAGUGUGUGUGUGUGUGUUAAAGGCAAAAAGUGAAAGUCUUGUGCCACCCAAUCCCACUCACGUGAUUUGAUUUAUAUUCACGGGCGUUGCUGAUAUAAAAGGGUCUUACAAAUGUUUCUCUGGUUAAUUUAAAAUCAAUAAACGUUUUGUUCCCACCCCCCGGUCGUCCUGUUCGUCCUUCUUACUUAUUAGUAUAAUGGAUUUCACCAGAUUCAUGAACAAGUUUAACGAAAUCGAACGCCAACUGUCUCCAACAUCGGCCCUACGCCUGAGCUUUGACAACAUAUCGCCGGAGACAGAAGAACCGCCCGAUGGUAAUAAAAGACUCUGGGGCGUACCAGUGCCCCCCUUUGUCUCCGACAAAGUCGUCUCAUGGAUCGAAGAGGAGUUCAACGAGGCUCCAGUCUACUACAAUGGCAAUUGUGUACUAAAGAAGGUGGAAAAUGUGCGUAUGAUCGAUCGAUAUAAUACGAAGAAUCCGACAGUUGGAACUUUGUAUCUAACAGCCACACACUUGAUAUUCGUAGAGCCGGAUAGUAAUAAGGAGACCUGGAUUUUACAUAUGCACGUAGCCAACAUUGAGAAGUUGCCUCUAAGCACUACGGGGUCACCUUUGCUGAUACGGUGCAAGACAUUCCUAUCGGUGACAUUCGUCAUACCCAAGGAUUCCGAGUGCCAUGAUGUUUACACGUCACUGAUAAAACUAUACCAGCCAGUUUCCAUCAACAAAUUGUAUUGCUUUAACUAUCAGCCAGCCAAAGACGAUUUCCCCAAAAAUGCUGGAUGGGAUUUCUUCAAAUUGGACGCCGAGUUCAAGCACAUGUUGGUGCCAAAUGACAACUGGACGCUGUGCAGCAUGAAUGAGAAGUAUGAACUAUGCGAUACAUAUCCUCGCCAGAUCUAUGUACCCAAAGAGGCCACCACCCUAAUGCUGAUCAGCAGUUCCCGGUUUCGAUCUAAAGGCCGUCUUCCAGCAUUGACCUACUUGCACAACAACAAGGCCUCGAUUUGCCGAUGCAGUCAGCCCUUGUCCGGCUUUAGUGCCCGUUGUCUUGAGGAUGAGCAAAUGCUGGAGGCUAUUCGCAAAACCAAUCCGAAUACAGACUAUAUGUAUGUGGUAGAUACACGACCAAGGAUCAAUGCCAUGGCCAAUCGGGCCGCCGGCAAGGGAUACGAGAACGAGGCUUUCUAUGAGAAUAUUAAGUUCCACUUCUUGGGUAUUGAAAACAUUCACGUACAGCGAGCCAGCUUGCAAAAGGUCCUGGAGGCUUGCGAACAGAAAUCACCCACGAUGAGCGCUUUUAUGAACGCCCUUGAGUCCUCCGGAUGGUUGAAGCACAUUCGUUCCAUAUUGGACACGUCUAGUUUCAUUGCCAAUGCCGUCGAUAAAGGCGUCUCUGUGGUGGUCCACUGCUCGGAUGGCUGGGAUCGCACCGCCCAAGUUUGCUCCCUGGCCCAGCUAAUGCUGAAUCCCUAUUAUCGCACAAUAAAAGGCUUCCAAGCGCUCAUCGAAAAGGAUUGGCUGGCCUUCGGUCAUAAGUUUAGCGAACGUUGUGGCCACAUACAAACAGAUGCUAGAGAAGUUUCGCCCAUUUUCACACAGUUUCUAGACUGCACUUGGCAGCUUAUGACGCAGCGCAACGAUUCCUUUGAGUUCAAUGAGCGGUUUCUCCUCAUACUCCACGAUCAUGUGCAUUCCUGUCAGUUUGGCACCUUUGUGGGCAACUGUGAGAAGGAUCGCUUGGAUCUGAAGCUUUCAGAGCGGACAUUUUCGUUGUGGGGCUUCAUGGCCAACCACUUGAAUGAAUACAUUAAUCCUCUGUACAAACCAAAUGUUGAUGAAUCAAUCAAGGCCAAUCUGGCACCACAGUGCAUCAAAUUCUGGCGAGGAAUGUAUUGCCGCUUCGAAAGUGGCAUCCAUCCGCGAGAACCCUUGGGCGACUUACUUCUAGAUAGCAAAGAACAUUGCAAUUCUCUCGAGGAUCAUGUUCAGCAUUUGACCAAACGUAUAGCCAGCUUUAAGAACUACAUUUCCAAAUCGGCGAAGAAGUUACAAGAUGCCACAACAACUUCCACCACCAAGGCCCCAAAAGAACCCACCACCAGCGAGAUCAACGACAACAAAUACAACUACGACAAAAAGCUAAGCGAAUUAUCCGCCGCCGAUGAUGAUCAUCCCCUCAAAGCUAACAACAUGUCAUUUGCCAACCUCUCUUUAAAUGCCGAACACACAAGUCCACCACAGGCGCUUCCGGAUGAAAUAAACUCUGUCGCCGUCGACUGGAAACCCAUGCGAAAUGUUACCACCUGCUCCUGCUCUACCCCCUUCGAUCAGUUUAGCAAAAAGACCCACUGCUGGCGAUGUGGAGACAUUUUCUGCGAACGCUGCAUAGACAAAAAUGUGGCACUCCCAGGACAUGAUAGUGGAAAGGCGGUGCCCGUGUGCCGCGGCUGUUUUCGGCAGAUGCAAAAGCAGAGCCCAUAAAGAGAACCUAGCAUAAUCCUUAGUAAUGCUAGAUCAGGCCGUGAUGUGUGAAAAGAAAAUAACAAAAUUAUAAGUCAUUACAAAUAUUACAUACAAAUUAUAUAUUUACUGUUGCAUUUGCAUAGUUUUAGCUGCUUAGUAGCACAUUCAAAACUAAUGAUAUGCAUGAAAAUCAAAAGUGUAAGAGCUAGACGAGCGAUUGAAAUCCAAGCCUGAGGGCAUCUAGCAGUCGGGCACUAUAUAAGCGCACUGCAUGCAAAUAAAAUAACAAGAUAUUUGUUUUGUGAUUCUAUCGA